CUCCCAUGAAUCUAUUUUGUUUUAACCAGAAGAUCUCAGGCGGCAUCAAAAGAGGAUGUUGGCUGUUUUUUCUGGAUGAUCUGCAGCAUCUGACCCCUGGAUCAAAACAUCCUAAAAUGAUGGAAGGGAGCAAGAAGGCGAUCGGAUGUUUGCUGUGAUCUUUUAAAGCAGAUUUUUCUUUUCCUGCAAGUUUUAAUAAUGCGCCUUUGGGAUAUCAGGAGAUCCGCCGUGAUUGUGAUCUGUUUUUUAGGAUGCAAUAUCUGGAAAGCAGUAACAGAUGCUUUAAGAGAAGAUAGCGACACCAAAGAAGUGGCUUUAAAGGUCCACCUGAGUGACGCCAGCACUCAUCAGCCGCUCUCCGAUGCCACCGUGGACCUCUUCGUCAAUUACACUCUCAUCGCCAGGGAGACCUCUGGCAUCGACGGCAACAUUUUUGUCCGGUUACCGUACCGCCUGGGCGACCUGCUCGUCAUCACAGCUACCAAGCGAGGCUAUGUCCCUAACUCCGCCCCCUGGAGACCAAACAGGCUGCCUGUCUUCUCAUCUCUGAGUCUGGAUCUGCUUCCCGAGAGAGCUGCUACUUUAAUGGUGUAUGACGACGAGAUUCAAAUCGUCUCUGGAUACCAAGGAUCGAGGCUUCAGCCGUGGAUUCAGUUCCAGAGGCGAGCUCUGAGUCUUCCUCCUAAUGCCACCUACACCAACCUGACCGCCUUCCUCACUGUGACUCACUCAGGGCAGAACACACAGCACUUCCCCUACCUGCAGGGCCUCGGCUCUAACAGCACAGCCAGCGAUCGAAGGUUUGAGCUAACCCCUGUAGCUGCCAUCAGCGUACACCUUUUGGGAAGCGAUGGGGCGGAGCUUCAUGUCAGCGAGCCAAUCAGCGUGAGCAUUCCUCUCCCUUCCAAUAGUGGCUUGAAGGAGAAUGACCACAUUCCUGCCUGGAGGUUCGAUCCCAAACUCGGAGCCUGGUUGAAGAGCAGUUUGGGCUACGUGCAGAGAGAAAGAGGAGGUGAACUCAUCCUCACCUAUAUCGCCCCACAGCUUGGUUACUGGGUAGCAGCCAUGUCUCCUAUAAACACAGGUCCUGUAGUUGCAAAGGACAUUAGCACAUACCACACUGUGUUCCUUUUAGCCAUACUGGGAGGCACGGCUCUCAUCCUCCUCUUCCUCCUCUGUCUUCUGGUUUGUUACUGCAGGAGAAAGUGCUCACGCUCGAGACGAGCUCAUCAGAAGUAUAUUCUGACCUCAUCUCUGGACAGCUCCAAAAGAGACCAAGCCACAUCUAUGUCCCAUCUCAACCUUAUCAACGAGGCCCAACUAGACCAUGUAGGGGUGGAAGCAGACCUGCACACACCUAUGCUGAAAGACGCCCCUCACAAUUCCUCCACCAAUGAGCUGGUGUCAUCUCGAAACGAAUUUGGGUGUCACUCCCAGCGUGAUUAUCACCGCAGCUACACCUCUGUUGUCUCCUCGACCGUCCAUCCUCUCCGCACGUCCGCUUUGUCCUCAUCUCCGUAUCUGCUGCACCAUGCUGCUUCAGCUGGUCGCCUAUCCUCUGUGAGCAAGGCUAGUCCACGCGAGCUCCGCCUUUCUCCAUCCACAACUUCACCCCCUACUUCACCAGAGAGGGAUCUGGGGGUGGAGCACCGGCCAUCUGACUUCCUGCUCUCACGGUCAGUGGAUCAGCUGGAACGCCCUCCAGGCCUUCUGCCCGGCCCCGGAGCUCUACUCUGCUGUACAUCUGAGCUCCAAGUAAGCCAGGCCGGAGCUGGAUAUCAGAAAGGCCGGCCCACUUUGCUAAUUCCCGCCCAUUAUAUGCGGUUGCCUGGGACGCACCCUCUCUCAGGGCAAGCGCUACUGCUCCAGUCAGAUGAGAGGAGUGAGCUCGAGAGCAUUCGUGCAGAGCUUAAUGCAUCCCAUCAGCCUCAAACCGAAGCAGGGGAAGUGGGGGGCUGCAUGGACGAAGGGGUGGAGGAAGUGAACGUAGGAUCGAGGGAGGCAGGAGGAGGGACGGUAGAUGAGUGGACGACAGCACUACCUGAAGCCUUGUCUAUCCCCAACUCACUGAGUGAGGCGGCGCUUGGGGUGGUGCAGAUGAACGGAGAAGAUCAGCUACUGGCUGAGAAGACGUUAAUGGAGCUGAGGGGUGGGAAGCCUCUCCCACACCCACGAGCCUGGUUUGUGUCGCUGGACGGCCGCUCAAAUGCACACAUCCGCCAUUCCUACAUUGAUCUGCAGAGGGCAGCACAUGGCACCAGCUCUGUGGGCAGCAAUGAUGCCAGUCUAGACUCGGGCGUAGAUGUGAGCGAUGUCACUCCAGGCCGCAAGGCCAAAGUUCAGGAAAAGGCCCCGGUUAUGUCACCCAAUGUAGCAUGCACAUCCCUGGUAUUUGUGCAGGGUACUAAUACUAAUGCUCAUUCAGAACCCAAUGAGAGUGAGAGCCAAACUCCUGUCUGCAGCCCGGAAGAAAACUCGCUCAUUCCUUUGUUGCCCAAAUCUGAGACUAAGGAUGAGACUAUAAUGCCUCCUUCACCUCCGUUGCUGCCCACUCCUCCUCUCCCGUCUCCUCCUCCUCUCCCAGAUCCUGUCGUGGAGGAGGAAGAUGAGCCCAGGGGAGACAAGGAACGGAUAGUGAGUAUCGAGCGUGCCCAAACGCACCUUAAUCUCCCUUCGAGCAACAGCGCCCCGGAUGGAUUGGCUGCUCCUGAGGACAGCGAUGAGAACAAGAAGAGUCCAUGGCAGAAGCGCGAGGAGAGGCCACUGCUUGCCUUUAACCUCAAAUGACCCCUGACCUUCAGCCUUUUUCCCUGUGGAACAGCCUUUUGGCUGAAGGACUUCGGGUCUGACUUUUACGUUACGUGAAUCGCUUGUGUAUGAACAAAAAUCGCUAAACACAUUUAUGCACAACAGCUAUGCCUUUUUAAACAAACUGCAAACGAAAGCCAUCGUAUGAAUGUGAGAUGUUUAGCUUUAUGAACCGCUGCUGGUGUUCAGGUAAGCAAUAGGAUCUUCAACUGGCAGCAUACAGCACUGAGCACUGUGUCUUCGUCCACAGUAAAUGUUUAAUCACGCCUUCGUCCUCCGUGUCCCAGCACUUAGCUGAACAAUUUUCCCUCAGUCUUCCUUAAAUGAAUCUGUGACUGAAAAUCAAGCCUGUAAUGAUUUUGUGUGCUGUAGUUUCAGUCUCUCCAGCAAGUGUUUGCUUUCUUUUUUUAUUCAUCAGCGUCGAGUUUUGAAUCGUUGGCACCAGUCAAAUGCAGUAUUUUCCCCUCAGUACAAUAAUCCAGUCAGUGUAUCCACUGUAACAUCUGUGAACCUUCCUGAGACUCGAGACUCUCAGCUAUGCAUUGCUUUGAUUCUGGUUUUAUUAUUAUUAUUGUUGUUAUUGUUAUUAUUAUUAUUAUUUGUUCUUUUAUUGUUGUUAUUAUUAUGUGAAUACAUUAUAAGUGUUUGUUAUUGUAGUCACUGUUUGAUUUUGAACACAUUUUAGUGAACAUUUUAUUCAGCAGAAGUAGUUGUUUUCCUCUUUGCUUGUCAUACAUACGUAACAUGCUCUGUCUGUCUGAAGUGCCUAUGUAGCAGAUGCGUUCAUUUACAAUCCUCACGUCUCCUCACAGAUUAGAGCCUAUUAAAUAUCUAUGCUUUUGUCCUUUUUUUUUUUGGAUUUUUUGAAAUGUAGUGCAUAAACCUUGUGUGUGUUUGUAAGUGUACAGUGUAUGCAUGUCCAUACUGUGUGUUUCUCCACCUGUGGAGAACCAGCACACAUUUCAGAGUGUGUAUUUGGUGUUUUGUGAGUUUGUGUAUGAAGCAAGUAUGCUACA